ACUCGCCAUACAACCCGAUUCAUCAGGCAUUCAAAGAACAGAUACUGAAUUGUCUCCUCCUGAUCGCAAAAGUAGCACAAUCUGUUGCCCAUUUGUGUUUUGCCAAGUUAUUCUUAGUGAGGACCACCCCAUAACAAAAAAUAUCACACAAAGAUCUUGAUUUCUUAAGGGUAAUUUAAGUCUUCCAAAAUAUUUUCUUGUGAAAAUGGCAAUUAGUAUUAACCAUUGUGGCCCCGCUACACAUAGACUUAACUGUGAAUUAUCUCAACUGAUGUAAUGUCUAACGAAAAGAGUCUGACGGCUACCACCAAGUCUAGCUAGCAUGUGAUUCCAAGUGACAAGUUUCUCAUCAAUGAUCGCCCUCCUAAAGGUGAUGCUUGGUGGGGAAGUGGCCACAACUUUGGCCACCGUAACAUGCUUUUUCAAGGCAAUGUUGCACAUGAUGGGGUUAUUGAUCAUAAGGGGAGUUGCACCCACCACACAUGUUCCAAAAUCGCACCCUCGUCUCAUCUUUCAUAGUGAAAGUUCACAUGAAGAAAAGUCCUCUUGUCCGUCAUAAGACCCCGCCAAAAGGGGGCAAUCGAUGGGCUUACCCUCGACUUGCAUAUUUUCUGAGUUGGGUAUAUUGGUUGUGCAGUAGCUCGUAAGCUCUGAAAAAUCUUUUGAUGCUAUCACUCACAUUUCAUGUGUCAUCAUGCAUGCAUAUGUGUAUAUUUACUUGGGUAAUAAAUACAUGACAUGCGUGCGAAGAAGUAUGUAUUGGCUGGUGUGUAGCAAGCUGUCACCACGAACAUUCUAGCUUGCAAAGAUCUAAGUAACACAUGUUCUUCAAUGCUCACGUAUGAACAAGCAUAGGACAGCUAGAUACUUCAAUAUCUAGUUGAGCAUAUUUGCACAAGAUUGGACUUGGUGUUCUUGUGUUUAGUCAAGAAGAAUGACAAUGAAAAAUCAACUUGCUCAUCGAACGGAAACUAGCAAGGAGAUAGAUUGACACACCGUCGCCGGGAGAGCAAUUCGUGGCAAUAGCGUGCGUGUUGUGAAACUGAGAGUUGUUCGAUCACACUUGCCAAUCACACCAUUCGAUCAACCACAACAACACAUUUUACAAUCAUCAAAAAGAACAAAAGGUUUAGCGAGAAACACUUAUGGCCUUUUCUGUAUUGAUACUUCGUGUUGUUUGCACAAGAUGAGCUCUCUUUUGUUUGUUUUUGUUUUUACCCUCUUACCAAAACUCUCUUCAAGGAAGGCUAUAUAUGUGCAAUUUGCAGUCUUUUUUUUAUUGGAGAAAAAAAAGUCUUGCUCCACAAGAUGGUUUAGGUUCCUUGCACAAGAAGUUUGUUUGACUUCUCUCGUAUUGGUUAGGAAACAAACAUAUCCAAGUUAAUUUGCUCCGUGAAUAAGAUGGUUGCAUUUCUCUCUAGCCGCCACACAACUAUACUGGUUCUACACUCUAGAUCUUUCUCAACUUCUCUUCAUGCUCCACAAGGCCACACUCCAUCGGUGACAUUUUGCAAUCAAUCUUUCUAUGAUACCUCGGUGUAAAUUGACGUUGUACUGUUUUUAAUGAUACUGUAUGUCGUUCUCCUAUGAGCUUAUGCUCGUUUGUGCCACCCUCUCAUACAUGUCUGCAUAUGCACGACAAAUAAAAACUGAGUUGCGGUCACUUAUUUUGUCUAGUUCGUGGUUUUUUUCUUUACCCAUAACAGUAAAAUGAUGCCAAAAAUAACUGUAUGACAUGAAUUCAGAAAGAAGUUUCCGAACUUGCAUGCCAUUUACUGUAGUAUCCGAAAGAGUAAUUUGCUGAUAUUGUAGCUUUGAUGUCUAACAUCUUCCGAUACGAAGGAAACAAGUAAAUGCUUCUGUAAAUGCGUCCGUUUCCGUGAAUCGCUGCUUCUUUUAGGUAGUCCAGACUCCAGACCAUAAAGUCCUCGCCAAAUCACCCAAAGAGGCAAGGCAAAGGGAAGAACAUUUCCCCCAAAACCAUGGACUAUUCUGCCGGCGCCGGUGGGAGUGGGGGCGGCGGAGGCUCCGGCGGUAGGGCGCAGGCGGAGCGAUGGCUGGAGAUUGCGGCGAAGCUUCUCGCCGCGCGCGACCUCGUCGGCUGCAAGCGCUUCGCCGAGCGCGCGGUGGAGGCAGAUCCGCUCCUCCCCGGCGCCGACGAGCUCCUCGCCAUCGCUGACGUCCUCCUCGCCUCCCAGACCAUGCACCCCUCCGGUCAACCCGACCCGUUCGCUGUCCUCCAGGUGCCCUCCAACACCUCGGACCACGGCGCCGUCUCCCGUGCCUUCCGCCGGCUCGCGCUCCUCCUCCAACCCCGCAACCCCCACCCUGGUGCGGACGUCGCCCUCCGCAUCGUCCACGACGCCUACGGUCUCCUCUCUGAUCCAUCACGCCGCACACCGCUUUCAGCAGCUCCCUCUCAGCCUGCCACUGUCGCGCCUGCAUCAGCGGUGGACUUCUGGACGGCGUGCCCGUUCUGCUGCUAUGUCCACCAGUACCCGCGCGAGGUGGUCGGCCGCGCGCUCAAGUGCCCAAACGAGUCUUGCCGCCGGGGAUUCGUGGCUGCUGAGAUCCCUACCCCGCCGACCAUCGUGCCGGGUACUGAGAUGUACCACUGCGCUUGGGGCUUCUUCCCUCUUGGCUUUCCCAAUGCGGCGGACUUGGGUGGCAACUGGAAGCCAUUUUACAAGGUGUUCCCUUGGAACAAUGCGCCAAGUGGUGGGAGCGCCACUGGUAGGAGCUAUGUGAACCGUGGUGGCGGCAGCAAUGACCGUCAGCCACAGAAUGGGAGUGCUCGUGGUGGAUCAUCCAGAGGCAGGGGCAAGAAGACAACCGCUCGCAAGAAGGUUGCGGCAGGGCUCCGAAGGCGUUCUUUUGGUGGUGGCGUGGAGAGUGGCAUUGAUGCAUCGAUGCUUGGACAGGAGGAUGGAUGGGCUGAGGAGGGGGGAGGUGACCGGCCGGAAGAGGUGAGAGGGAUCAACAUAAAUGAGGAGGCACAGGCUACAGAGGGUAAUAGAAGGCAAAAUGUCACUGGAGGGGUUGAGGACUUGGGCAACUUCCAUUUGGAUGUUGAUCCAACUGAGGAUAUAUUAGGGAAUCUGGGGAAUUUGCACAACCUGCCAUUCUUGAGGGUGGAUAACCUUGGGAGGAUGCUGUAACUGUUGCCAUGGCUUGUUGUGGUGCUGAAUUAUUCCAUGAUUAGCAGGGUCAGAACUUGGAACAGAUGUUUCAUGGUGUGCCCUUAAUGUUCUUGUUGUAGCUCUUGUUAUUGUACUGUUAUCUCAUCUUGUAGUAUUAGUAGUGUACUUUGUGGUUGUUGUACUUAGGUAGCAGUGGAGUCGUUCCAUUCAGGGUGCCAUAUGAACUCUGUGACUUUGUGCUAUCUCCAUAUUAGUUGGUAUAUGUACCUUGUCUUUGGCAGACAAACAUGUGGGGUUUUCUUGUGAUGGAAAUAAUGCUUCAUCGGUCAAGGAUAGUUUGAUCGGCUUUGCUUGUCAUCCCACUUUGGUUUCUUGAAGAGUCGAUAAUGGCAAAAGAAGUCUCUGAGAGCAAGUUAAAAGGAAGCCUUUCCCUCAAAGAAGAAAAAGGAGGGAAAAAAAAAGAAGGCAACCAUCUUCUGCAAAGAGAAGCCAGUUGUCCCAACCACCUUUGCUGGACUGAAGUCACUUUUCUUCUGAGCUUCGGAGGAGACAUGGGUUGCCUAUAAACCAAUUUUGUUUCUCUGUAUCAACUUCUAUCCCUUGGGCUCAAAUAGGUAUGGACGGUAUGUAAAGCCCCUCCAUUAGUUUGCCAAGAAAUGCUUACUGCAGUUGCUACGACCCUGCAUGCUAUGCCAACAAUUUCAGGAAGUCAGUGAUGGACUGAUGGAUGAUGGUCGUACUUGUGCUCAUGUCAACUGAUACAUUUCAGCUUUAAAUUUCCAUGGCACCA